AUGGCUUCGGCAACUGCUCGUCAAACGAUGCGUUACCGCGAAGACGCAAGGGAGGAGAUUCGUAAAUAUUUCAAUUGUACUGCCGAAGACUCCGUCAUCUUCUGUGGUGCUGGAGCUACGGCAGCUAUCGACAGGUUCAUUGGAAUCAUGUGCCGCAGUCGAAUCUUUGCUACUGAUGCAUCUCCGAAAGGCCUCCGUCGGGCGGUUUUGAUUGUAGAUCCGGCUGCUCAUCACAGCUCACUACUCCCCUUCAGAGAGCUGGCUUCGAACUAUCCACUCAUCCGCCCAGCUUCCACAGGUCAAAUCCAUGCAAAGGUCAUCAUGAAUCAUCCUUUGUUAGCUCUGGUGCCAUUUCUUAUGUGCUUCAAAGGUAACGAAUCCGCAGAUUUCGAAGUUGAACUCGAGACGCUACCUCUAUGCCCAGUCAAGGGUACUGCUUCUGUUGAGGGUCUCGAGAAAGCACUGAAGAAGGUCAUGGAUUACAAUCGUCAUCACCAUAAUUCCGCUAUACCAGUGGUCGUCCUUUCUGCUUGUAGCAAUAUCUGUGGUGCACGUCUCGAUAUACCGACAGUAUCAACUCUGAUCCAUGAAUAUAACGGUGUUGUCGCAUGGGACUUGGCAGCCAUUGCAGCUCAUGACAAG